UUGCUAUGGUUUCGAGUUUUAGUUAAAACAUACAACAAACACUAUUUUUUUUAUUUUUUUUUUAUUUUUUUACGAUAUAUAGUUUUAUAGUGCACAUUCAGAAACAAAUUGGCCAUUCUUUGUCUAAACGUUGAUUUGCAGAAACAAAAUGUUGAGAACAAUUAAUAAAUAAUAGGAAAUUGUAAAUAACAAUUAAUAAAUCAUAUUAAUAAAAUAUAUGAUUUCUAGGGCAGUCAAAUUACGACCCACAUUCAUAUAAAUUAACUUAACCCAAACUUAUUAGGGUUUCAGUUGUUGGGCUUCAGUCUAAACAAAACACACACUCAUUAGUGAGAAAGGUAAACACUCAAUUUCCAGGCAAGUGUUUACAUUUCCGGCAAGUGAUUGCAUUCCCUUCGGCCAAAUAAACCAAAAGACCUUGAAGAACCCUAAGUCCCAUUUGAUCUAGGUUCUCUCUCUCUCUCUCUCUCUCCAAAAGAGCUUCAAUGAGAUUUUUGAUUAGUGUUGGUCGCAGAUUUAUGUUUUCCUAUUUAUCUUCACAUGCAUCCAGGUUGUCUCUCUAAAACUUUUGUUUUCAGUUUUGUUACGCAGACUAGUUUCUACUCCUGAAAAGACAUGAUUGAUAGAGGGAAAACAAAACAAGCUAGUUCCAGAAGGUUGAACCGAAGUUUGAAGGAAGAUAUGAUAAGCCAAUUACCUGAUCCAUUGAUAUGUCAUGUACUUUCUCUUCUCUCCACAAAAGAAGCUGUUGGAACAAGCAUUUUAUCUACCCGAUGGAGGAGUCUCUGGCUUUGGGUUCACCGUUUUGAAUUGUCACAUUGGGAGUUCCUAGAUUUUAACGCCUUUGUGAGUUUUGGUAACAGGUAUUUCGACUCAACCAGGCUUUCAUGCAUACACAAUCUCAAGUUAACGAUUGAUGAAAACGAAGCAUCUUAUCUCACACCAUGGAUUGAUGCCUUAGUUAAGCGUAAGAUCCAACAUCUAUGUGUUCGCCGUACCGGAGGAGGGUCUUCUUUUCAUGAGAUGCCCCUAAGCCUUUAUGUCUGUGAGACACUGGUAUCCUUAAAACUCGUUCAACUAACCUUGGUUGAUACGGAGUUUGUUUCUUUACCAUGUUUGAAGACUAUGCAUCUAUAUAACAACGUGUAUCCCAAAGAGACCACUUUUGAGAGACUUGUCUCGUCUUGCCCUGUCCUAGAAGACUUAAUGAUAGACGUACUAAGGAAUGAUGCAAAAGUGUAUCGGGUCCAUUCUCGAUCACUGAAGAGGCUCCGUUUGCUACGAAGUUCUUCUCUCCAGUCUGAUUCUGUUCCGGGAGUUGUGAUUGAUGCUCCUCUACUAUGCUCUUUGAGAAUCAAUGACGGUGUAUCAAAAAUGUUUAUAGUAAAGGAUAUGGAGUGCAAUGCUAAGCUAGAUAUCUCUUUCGACUUUGGUUUGGAGGCUUUUGACGAAUCAAAUGUUUCAUCAAUAAGUCACAUACGCAAUUUUCUGCCUGGGAUCUCGACGGUUAGGGAUAUGACUAUAUCUGCGUUCACUUUCCAGAUCAUUCAUCACUAUUCCAAACUAGAACCCCUGCCUCAGUUUGACUGCAUGACCCGCCUGGAUGUUAUAGUUUGUGCAUCUAUUUUACAAUGGUUGCCAACUUUUCUUGAGCGCUGCCCGAAUCUGACAUCCCUCGAACUGGAAUUGCGCAAUGAUGAGGAAAUGCAUCCCAGGGAGAUGAAUCAAAUAAGUUUUUCAUCUGUGCCUGAGUGUUUGCUAUCAUCUCUAGAGUUUGUUGAUUUCGCAAUCUGGGGACAUUUUCCAGAAAUGAAGCUAGUAAGGUACUUACUAAAGAGUUCAACAAGCCUCAAGAAACUCACUCUAAAUGUCAACCAUGAUUCAAUAGAUUAUGACAUCUUCAAUGAACUACUGAAAAUUCCAAGACGCUCAACCAUGUGUGAAGUCGUCGUUGUUGAUUUCUAAGCAUGUGACGAUUAUUAUGAUUAAAUCAGUUUGAUGUGGGAAAUUCUUUUGCCACACAAGGAAUGCAAUUUAGGCUAUUUGGUAUGUUUAUUAUCGUUGGAGUAAAUGAGAUGAAACAUGUUUUAAGGAACAUUUUCAAGACUUCAGGUUGUUCGUUGUUCACUUGCUUUUUUUUAUUAUCAUCAAAAAUCUGUGUGUAAACGAGUUUUUGACUUUCUUUAUUCUUGGCAAAAGAAAAUUCUAUAUAACAUGCAGAAAUUUGUAUUAUAACGUGAUUCAUUCUUAUCUUUUAUUCAAGUUGUAGUUAUCCUCCAACAUGGUUAAAUUCUCUUUAUUCAAGCAUGACGUGUGACUAUAUUGCUUUUCAAGUUAUAUGAAAUAUAAUAUUAUAAUAUAAAACAGUGCCUCAAAUCAAAAAGUUAGUGAUGAUACAAUUUUGAGGAGAUGAAUCAGAUCAGUUUCUCAUAUGUGGUUGAAUGUUUCCCGUUGUUGCUCAUGUUUGUUGUUUUAGGUAAUGCCAAUCUCUGGAUAUGGACACAGUGGCGGAUCCGAAACAUUUUUGAACCGGAAGUACAUAUAUUCAUUUCAAAAGAUUAUUUUAACACUUUAGUUCAUUCUAAAGUUAAAUUUAAGUUAUAACAUUUUGAAGUCAUAAUAAGAAUAACGGGGGCAUCGAACACGGUUCACAGAUUUCAACAGGGCACUCUAAGUUACUUAGAAGUAGGCCUGUGACUUAUUAUCCGAGAUCCGGAUUCGAUCCGAGAUCCGCUCCGGAUCCGCUCCGAAAAUAGGAUAUCCGGGGUGCCCGGAUCCGAAUCCGGAUAGUAAAAUUUUGGAUCCGUGC